AUGCCGGUUGAUAAGAUCUGUGUCUCUGGUGAUGCUCGCAUCCAGUACCAAUCGGCGACGCUGAACGGCCAUAAAUACAGCUAUCUCCUCAGUCAACCCCAGUCAGGCAAAUAUCGAGCUACGAUCUUCCUAAUCCAUGGCUUCCCAGACAUCUCAAUGGGAUGGCGCUACCAAAUUCCCAUGCUGGUUGACUUGGGAUUGAGGGUCGUCGCGCCAGACUGCCUCGGCUAUGGCCGAACGGAAGCGCCUGAUGACUUCGUAUAUUAUUCGCACAAACGCUGCGCUAACGACAUGAAGUUGCUCGCCUCUCAUCUCGGGGAAUCCAAAAUCAUCCUAGGCGGUCAUGACUGGGGCGCUGGCCUCGCGUAUCGCAUUGCCCUCUGGCACCCGGAGCUGAUCAGCCACCUCUUCACCGUCUGUGUUCCUUACGCACGACCCCAGCCACAGUAUCUGCCACUCGAGGACCUCGUGCGCAAUGCUGCCCCGCACUUUGCGUAUCAGCUGCAGUUUGCUAGCGGCGACCUUGAGAAGGUUAUUCAUUCCAAGACAGACAUUAGGCAGUUCCUCUGUGCGCUUUACGGUGGGCGCACGGAGAAGGGCGAGGUGGGGUUUGAUGCUGAGAAGGGCGUGCUGUUGGAUAAGGUGUCAGCUUUGAAGCCGUCGCGGCUAUUGAGCGAGGAAAUCACCAUUCCCGUGCUUUUCAUCCAAGCCCUGAAGGACCAAGCUCUCCCGCCUCACCUGGGCAAAUCCAUGGCUAAGCACCUUCCCAACUUGACCCUGAAACAGGUGAACGCUUCGCACUGGGCGUUGUGGGAAAAGCCCGAGGAGGUAAACACCAUCAUUUCGACCUGGUUGAAGGAUGUCGUGUGUGCGGAUGGACGCUCCGGGAAGCUUUAA